AUGUCCAGCAGCAUGCCCCUCACACAGCCAGCCUUCCAAGGGGCCGGCGAGGCAGGAACAACGCUGCACGGACCAGGGGGGGCUGGACCCGCGGGGCAGAUCGGGUCGGCGGCCGCAGCACCCACAGGGGGCCGCGGUGACCCGUCGAGCACACCUGCCAGAGGGCGACUCGGGCCCAGACCCGGGCUUGUGGCGAGCCCUGCCGACCCCACGUUCACGGAAGAAGGGGCGUCUAGGAUAGCAGCCGGGACUGUCACCUGGAGGUCCCGGGCCACCCGCGCCUCGCGCACGUGGCACGACGCACAGGGCAGAGACCGGGUGACAGCCGUCUGCGCCCCGCAGAUUCACUCGGAGGGGCUUUCCCGCGUCUACGCAGAACACCGUCACCGUGACUGGCUCGUACUCUCAUCUGCAUGCCGUUCACAGGUGGCCUUGACGGCGAAAAGGCGGGUCGAGAAGGUCACACCUUUUUGGAAGGACUCUGUCCCUCAGAAAGAUGAGCAUUUUGAAUCCCUUUCUUCGAGUGCUGUCUUGCAAACUUAUGUGGAUUUUGGGGCUCAUGUACAAGGCUGCAGGCCUCCCAGCAUCCAGAAGGAAUUUAGACCAACCUCUUUCUUGGGGCAUCGAAGGAGACCACGGCACUCGGCUUCUUGGAGCAGUUCCAGCUGGAGGCUGCCUCCACGUUCACUUCAAGCCCGGACUCAGCCAGAGCCCCCUGCACUCGUCUUUCCCGGCCACACGGAAAAAGCCACCUGGAGAGGGACAGAACGGAGCCGGCGUGAAAAGAGAGGCCAGGACGCCGUUACGGGCGAUUGCGAUGAACGGAAUCACUUGUCUGGAGGAAAGGAGGCCUCCUGUCUGCGGACCCCGGGGGACUCUUCUCUAGAGGUGGGGGGCUCCAGGGCCGCUCCCUCAGCCAGCGAUGGCCGCGGUCGCAUCCGGAGCGCUGCUCCGUCCUCUCGCUCGCCGAAGGCCGCUUUCCGCGGCCGGGAACGAUUCUGCUCAGUUACUCUGUUGUGUCCCUCUUGCCCUCCCUCCUGGCUGGAGGCCCAGCUUCCUGCCCUCGGGGGAUUCUCAUUUUAUGCGAAACGUAAGAUGUCCUUUCCCUGAACAUAAUUUUGGACUUUAUUAAAACCCUGUCUGAUCCAGCUUUCGGCAGAGGGCGCACCGGGCUGUUAUGGAUUGGCAAUACUGUUAUCUGCUUAAGCGAAGAGGGAAGAAGUCAGAGCUGUCGAGGGAGGUCCAAAGCCAAGGCAGCCCCCCGAGUUCUCUCUGGUCUCUGCCUUUUCAGGUCACAGUGGAAACUCUCUGCUGUGGAUGAAGGCGAGCGGCAGGCAGGGCUGCCUUGGAAGGAAAGAAUGGCCACCCUUCUCUUUGCAGCACUUGGGUGUGAGAACCUCUGUCCUCGUCGGACGCGGAGCUGGCCCCCGCGGGGCCUGGAGGAGUUUGUUUCUUGCUGUCUGGCUGACAUCGGUAGCCUGUGGGGCCAGGAGUCACGGGCCCCCAGAUCGUCCUCCGGGCCUUCUUUGCAGAGCAAGGCGCCCUAGGGUUCCGUGCAUUCUGGCGGGUCAGACUCCACGGAACCCCGGGCACCAGAUGGCAACCUAGCGGCACCAGGGCCCGGGAAAGUUACGCCAUCGGACUCUGGGAAAGUGACGGGAAGCCUCUGUCUACACACGCGCUCUUUCCCAUUUUGGUGACGCUCAGCAAAGUGCUCCCCUCCCCUCCCCUCGGGGCUGCUCCAAUCCCAGGUAGAUGGGGCAACGUCCGUUUCCACUUGAGACAGAAACGGUCUGCACUCGUGCCGCCUUCUCGGAGAGGGGCGUUUGUCACGGGAAGUGGUCGUUUCUUGUCGGGGAAGCGCCUUGCUGAGGCGACGUGGGGAAAGGCAACGCCGUCCGACCACCGGCUGGCUGGCGGGUGAGCCGAGGGGACCCCAGAAUUCCUCCACGUGACCCUGUGGGAGAGAUGUGAGGUGACCCCAGAAAGGGAGGAAGUCAGGGGGGCUAAGGGACACCUUCCGGUGCCUGUGUUGAUCUUGUCCUCUGCCUGCAGAGCCCCUGGUGCAGAAUAGAUGCUCAGUAGACUGUUGUAGGAGUGUUAACUGAUCCGUCUAAAGUUAAGAGGUUUGAGUAGCAGCAUCAGCUGCCCUGACCUGAGUUUUGUCUUGCUUGCACGUUACACGGGGGGUCGCCUCUGCCCCUUCCUAGGCGCUGAGCACUUCUUUUGGGGUUAUGGUCUCACUUUAUGAGUACAAGGACAUGCGAAUAGAUGUGCUGGGUCCCCAAGCGACUACCGAUUGAACCUCUGCUCUCUAAGGAGGAGAUCGAGCUCCUCCUGGAACCGGGGGGGGGGUGGGUCUCGGGGACAAAAGCCCCGGGAUGGGAAGCAGGAGCCCCGCCUCCUUGUCUGAGCUGCGCCCCAUCUCGCCGCUCGGCCCUGGGCGAGUUACUUCCUCUCUGUGAUUCUGUGACCCUGCGGGGCUCCCAUAAGAGAUCCACGUUGGGUCUUUGCCCAGUGCUCGUGGCUCACAGGUCCCCGGACCUCCGGAGUCUCCUGAGCGCCAAGAGCAACGGUGGCAUCUUCCCUUCCGAUGUCUGCGUUUCCAGGAGAAGGGGAUCCGUGGGCCCCUCAAAGAGCGCAUUCGCUGCGGCCGUGGGUACGGAACGGAAGGAGCCAGAGUUAGCCGCGAUGAAGAAGUUGGCUCAGCUGCUCAGAGGGACGCCCCAGACAUUGCAAGGAACGCAGUGUGGGACGCCGAUUGGCAUGGUGGUCCCACCCGUCUCCAGCCAGCUUCUUCCCCGGGGAAGGCAGCUCCGACGGGCACCGGUUUGGGGUCAGAAGGCCCCAGACAGAGAGCCGGUUAAGUGGCCGAGGAAGUCAGUGGAGCCCCGUCCUUCUGCUGAGCGGAGAGCACCCGGGGCCCAGCCCCUCGCGGAGGGAGAUGUGUUUCCUCACUGGCUUCGGAGAGUGCCCUGCCGGCCCCAGCUCUGGCCACUGUCGGUGACCGCUGGCCUGAGAAAGCACCUUGGGCAGGCUCCCGCCCUUUGUGGCCUCGCCCCCCAGGCCCUCUCUUCACCUCCCCUGUAAAACAUCUGCACACAAUCCUUGUGGCAGGACCUCCUUCCGGGGGAGCCCAAACUAAGACGGAUGUUCCAUGAUGGCGUAACCCCGCAAAGCUGGACGGCUGGGGGACGUCCCGAUGACAGCCGGGCAGCCUGAUGACGCAGCAAACCCUUCUCACACUCCGCAUCCGCAGCAAAAAAGAUUCGGAGUACCCCGCGCGGGUGUGCAUGGGUCGGAGUAGCUGCCCAUUUGCAGGUGACCUAGGGCAUCCUUUCUUGCAUCUGCGGGACCCCUAAGGCAUCCUCUAGAAGAAGCCAGACGGAGUCGGGAUGUUUUUAUCCACGACGGCUUGCGUACUGGCCGCGGGGGCUGGAGAACAUGGCCCACCCAGCCCGGCCCUUUCUGUUCCUCCGGCUCGAGAUCCCAAGAGUGUCUGGAGACCUCUUCGUGCUCGUCUCUGUCCUUGGGGGCGCGGAGGGGCAGUGGGCAGAAGGACCGAGCGGGCUGCACCACAGAUGGAAAGCCCCCCGCGGGGGAACCUAUUGCCUUCCCGUCCAGCCUCUCUGGUUCUCUAACCACCGUGUUCCCUGCACCAGCCUCCGGCCACCUAAGGUUACAGAGCCGACCGCUCAAGUCCACGGCCGUGGCUGGACGCGCCUCGGGGCCAGACGCAGUCCUGUGGCCACCUGCCAUCCAGGGCGUCCCCCGU